AUCCUUUCUUGGAAAUGAACGGUGAUGAAAAGUCUACUCCCCUCACCCUUUCACCGCUUUUGCCCCCAAAUUUCCACUGCAUAUUUCUCUAAUUUCUCGUAAUCUUCGAACAGCUUCUCUGAUCCGAAGGACGAAUUAUAAAUCGUCAGAGGGUUUGUUAGAUUUGGGCUUCUUUGAUUGUAGGAGUAAGUUGAGGUUCUGGGUAAAAUUUCCCUUUUAAUCUUUCCAGUCCGGGGAUUUUGGUUUAAGGCAUUGAAUUAACAGUUUUAGGUUAAAAAUUCUUUCAUUUUAUGGAAUUUGAGUGCCAGGAAAGCACCGAGGCUUUUACGAAUCUAGCAAACUGUUCUGAAACAAAUCAUUUUAGUUCCAAUUCCGUAAACGAGGAUUUAGAACUUUCGAAACUGACAUUGGGUUGUAAUCCUAAGAAAGGGAUUCCGAGUUCUUGUAGUUCGAAACAGAUACCUCCUAAUGACAUUUUUUCGAAUGUCUGGCGCUCGAUCACCGAUCUCCCACCGGCCUUGAUAUCAGAGAUUUUGAAUUGUCUUGACCCUAAAGAGCUUGGUGUAGUGUCUUGUGUGUCAGCCACUCUCCAUAAUAUUGCAUCUGAGCAUCGGGUUUGGAAGGAAUUUUAUUGUGAGAGGUGGGGUUUACCUACUGCUCGGUUUUCUGAUGAGAAGUCAUGGAAGGAAUUGUUUGUGGAGAGGGAGUAUAGGAGCAAGACUUUUUUAGGAAGGUAUAGCAUCGAUGUUCUACAUGGUCAUACUGAAGCUGUUCGAACCGUGUUUUUAUUGGCUUCUGCCAAGCUCAUUUUUACAGCCGGAUAUGACUCGAUUGUCCGAAUGUGGGAUAUGGAAGAGGGGUUGUCAAUCUCGUUGUCCCGGCCACUUGGUUGUACUAUUAGGGCAGUUGCAGCAGAUACUAAACUAUUGGUUGCUGGGGGUACUGAUGGAUUUAUCCAUUGUUGGAAGGCAGUUGAGGGUCUUGAGCAUUUCUUUGACCUAACGGGUGUUGAGAAACCAAACACCGAACAUCGGCUUUGGGAACACGAGGGGCCUAUAACUUCUCUUGCUUUGGACCUUACUAGGAUAUAUAGUGGUUCUUGGGAUAUGACGGUUCGUGUCUGGAACCGUUCAUCAUUUAAGUGCACACAGAUCUUGAGGCAUGGUGACUGGAUUUGGAGCCUUGUUCCUCACGACACGACUGUUGCGAGCACGUCCGGUUCGGAUGUGUAUGUUUGGGAGACUAACAGUGGGACUCUGUUAAGUGUCAUUCACAAUGCUCAUGCUGGUUAUGCAUAUGCCUUAGCACGGAGCCGCACUGGAGACUUCCUUUUUACCGGAGGAGAAGAUGGGGCAGUACAUAUGUUCGAGAUCAUAACCGAGUCUAAAGAACAUGUCAUUUUGCAGGUCGCAACAUGGAUUCCUCACUCAGGAGCUGUUUAUGCCCUCGCAUUUGAGUUUCCUUGGCUUGUUUCAGCUUCCAGUGACGGGAAACUCGCUUUAAUUGAUGUUCGAAAGUUGUUGAGGGCCAGUAGGCAGUUUUCAGGGAAAAGAGUUCCAAAGGUUAAAGAAUCUGACCAAAAUACUAUAGAACCACCCCAGAGAAUGCUGCAUGGAUUCGGGUGCAAUCUAUACUCGGUCAAUAUCGGAGCAGAUCGAAUCGUCUGUGGGGGUGAGGAAGGUGUCGUUCGUAUUUGGAACUUCUCACAAGCUCUAGAAAUCGAGCAGAGGGCCCGAGCUCUAAGAGGAAUACGUUUGGAGAAUAGAAUGAGGCGGCGCAGACUUCAGAUCGAGAUGAAUGGUAAGGGUGGACAAAGCAAUCGAUGCUCGGUUGCUGCCAAGAAGAAUCCGGUGAAUGGUCAUAGCAAACGCAGCAUUAACUCGAAGGUGAAAACAUAACAUCUGGUAUGCUACAUACUAUAUAUAUUCCUCUAAGCUUCCAACAUAUAUAUCCUGCUUCUCAUUUAUGAUAAAAUUCAUACACAUUAGCAUCGGAUUUUAAUCAUAUCAUUGUUGCUUGUUUUCUUGUUAUAA